AUGUUCAAUACAUAUUCAAACUCAGUUCUAUGGUCGAUUAGAAGUAAGGGUUACCAAGAUUACUGCUCUUUACUCCCUGAAAGAUCUGAAAGUUACCAACUUUCGAAACCAUCUUCGAGAUGUUGCUGUGUGAGUUCUCGCUCACGCUCAUGCUGCUGUUCAACACCAUCUUCUUCCUUUGUUAAGCCUAAGGUAUCGAUAAACCCUGGAUUUGUGCUUUAUGGGCUUAGACAAUCGACCCUUAUCCAAUGGCCUAGGCGGUUACUGGUUGGUGUUGGUGGGGUCGAUGUGCAUUGUUGUGACUCUGAGGUUUAUUCUUCUUGUGGUGGUACUGGAAGAAAUAGGGGAUUUAGGGUUAGGGCUUGUGAAGAAGAAUGUAGUAGAAGUUGUUCUGAUGAUGUAGAAGCUAUGAUUUCGUUUUUAAGUGAGGAAUUGGUAAAUGAGGAGAGAAAAUGUAACUCUGUUAGUAGAGUUGUAGAGAGGAAGAUGGUGAGGUAUGGUGGAAAUGUGAGAAAGGUUAAAGUUCAAGGAAGAGAUACUUCUGGUAAUGAGAGAGUUUCUCGAAAAAUCGAGAGGGAGGGAUUAGGUAGAGAGGAAUAUAGGAGAAAUGGGAUUAAGGAAGAUGUGAAAUUAGAGGAGAUAAAUGAUUGUGAACAUUGUGGGAGGAGAAAGAAAAACUCUCAGCUGGAGAGUAACUCCCGGCGUGGUUCUAAGUUGGUUACUGGUGAUGACUACAUUGGAAAGACUUAUAGGGGGAAGGAAGAAAGAGAAGUUAGACCAACAAGGACAAAGAGUUCGAGUUGUUCAUCGUAUUAUUCCCUUGCUUCUUCUGGGGAUUUCGAGAGCGAUACUGAAGAACAGGACGAUGAUGUGGAAUUUCAUCGUGAAAACUUGAGAAGUUCAGGGAAGAAGUUUGUUGAACAGUCAACCGAAGGAAUGAAAUCUAGAAAGGAAGCCUCUCAGGUGCAUUCGAGGAGAAAGAGAGACGAGAGGGCUAAUGGAGCGAGUUCGAGCUAUCGCAAGCAGGAUUUUGAGGAAGAGGAAACUUCAAAUGAGGCACUGACUUUGAACCAGAGAAGAAGAAAGCGGUUUAGUCAAAGUGGUAGUAGAGUGUCUGAAUCGACAGGAAAUUAUGAAGAAGAUAUGGAAAUUCAUGAGAUCCAUGUUAAUGAUGCGGAGACCAAUUCCCAAAAUGUAAAGAUUUUUAGUGAAAGGGAGGACGAUAGAGUCCACACGAUUCACAAUGAUUCUGGAAAUGAAAACAUAGAGAGUUCUCAGCAGCAACUGAAGGAAAGAUUGGGGACUCGUUAUAGCAGUGAGGAAAGAGUGUCUGAACUGCGGAGAAGAACCAACUAUAGCAGUAGGCAGGAGGAAGGUAUAAAGGCGCCCCAAAAUUUUCCAGAGGCGACAAUUAAUCAGCAACCUCAAGUAGAAGAAAGGAUAUCUAAUCAAGCUGGUAUGAGAAUGAGUACUGAACGCUUCUCUCAACAUUCAGAAAUUCAUGACAUGGACAUCAGAAAUACAUAUGUAUCGCAAAGCGAAGACCGGAUUAGAAACCAAGAAGUAGAUGCUGGUUUGGUUUCUGGUUUGCAGUCAGAAGGGAGGCAGCAAGAUUAUCGUAUUGAACAAAAUCCCUCGCAAAAGAUGCAAUCUGACAGAACUUCGGUGUCUGUAUCUCAUACUAGUGAUACAGUAAAGUAUACUGAAAUUAAGAGAAAAUCUGAGCAGAGGCAUAUUGGUCAAGGAAGUACUACAAUUGCGCAAUCGGAUAAUAGCAAAGCCGAAAAAAGUGGUGCAUGGAAUGACUCUAAGCAAGAUCAUGCUAACUCGGCAAAAGAAGGUCAAGAGGCCUUAAGGUUGCAAAGUUCUCAGGAAAAGCUAUCUGAAGAGGCCUCAAGUUCACAAUCAUCUUUGACUUUGGUCUCGGGGAAUAGAAAGCAGCUGGUAGAUCUGGUUUCAGAGGAGAUGCAAGGAUCUGAAACAACACUAAUUCCUCCUUCGUCUCAGCUGGUAAGCAGAGGCUCACGGAGAAAUUAUGGAACUGGGGGAGCUUCAAUUCAAGAAAUUUCCCAUGGAACUUCAGAAACUGGUUAUCCCACAGCCUUUGAAAAUCCAGGAGCAGGAGCUUUUGUAAGUAGUCAGUCUGCUGGAGAACUAAUGAGAUUUACAUCACACGGAGAUGCUUUGGGUUCUGCCCAGCGGUUGGAACAGUCAUCAGAGAAACUUAUUGGGGAGUUUGUGAAAAAGGCCAAGCAUGAAGCAUCAACUCCGGAGACUGAGGAGCAAAUAGCUGAAAGCAAUCAGUUGAAGAGGCGGGACUCAAAGCGAACAUCUAGUGGUUCAGGAGCAAAGGGACCUUCAGAUGAAAUGUGGGUCACAGAUUCUGCUCAGGGAACUCCUCAACCAGGAGCCGCAGAAGGCAAUGCAGCAGAGGGAAAUGCUAUUUUCAAAAGAAAUGGUAGGUCCUUGUGGAGCGUUAUAGCCGAUAUUGCUCGGCUAAGGUGGGGCCCACGAGCUGUAAGCCCUGACUCGAGUGCAAAGCCUGCUGGAAAGAGUUCACCCAGCGAGUCAGUUAGCAGUGCAAUGUGGUUUUCUGGACGUGAACAUGACGGAAGCAGUGAAGAUAACACAAAAGGGGAUAGAGUUUUGCCACAAGAAGCUGCUUCCCCACAACAAUUGGAGGUUGGUCAAACUUCUCCAGGGAGCCAAUUUGAAUUUUCCAACGCUACGAAGCUGAAGCAGCAAUCUGGGAGGCAUGAAGGUGUAGUAUCAUCGCCAACUUCCACAAUAUUAGAAGGUGGCUCUGCAUCCUAUCACAUGCCUUCUACAUUUGGUGAUCAAAUCGUUGGCGUGGAUGAAAAAGAAGGCAUAGACUUUGAGUUUCGUCUAUCUGAAACAGCUUCGACAGAGGUGCCAAUGAGACUGCCUAGUCGAAACCUGAAAAGAUCUCCUGCUAUCAAGGAACCAUCAGAAUCUAGUCCCACCGAGGUAUCUAGUGAUCAAAUUGUUACUGUGGGAGAAGGAAGACACUACCAGGCCCGUGUUCCUGAAAUUGAUGCAGUACAGAAGCCGUUACCAUUUCCAGGUCGAAACGUAAGGUCUCCAGUUGUAAAGGAACCUUCAAUAUCCCGUCCCACCAUAGUAUCUGGCAGUAGUAGCCUAAGAGAGCAGGUGGAACAACAACAACCUCUAAGUGCAAAGUCCCAGGGAGAAACAGGUUCCACGCCGACAGACUCUGCAUUAAUACAAAGGAAACUUCAGAGGAACAAACAAGUUGUGAGAGACAGUUUUGAGGAGUGGGAAGAAGCAUACAGAGUAGACGCUGAGAGGCGAACAGUUGAUGAAAUAUUCAUGAGGGAAGCGUUAGUAGAAGCUAAGAAAGCUGCUGAUAUAUGGGAGGUACCUGUUGGGGCUGUGCUUGUACACGACGGGAAGAUUAUCGCUCGGGGUUUUAACCUAGUAGAGGAUCUUCGGGAUUCAACUGCCCAUGCAGAAAUGAUUUGCAUUCGUGAGGGUUCCAAAGUACUACGUUCAUGGAGGCUCGCGGAUACGACGCUCUAUGUAACACUAGAACCAUGCCCAAUGUGUGCGGGAGCAAUACUUCAAGCAAGGGUCAACACUCUUGUGUGGGGUGCUCCCAAUAAGCUUCUUGGAGCAGAUGGCAGCUGGAUCAGGCUCUUCCCUGGAGGCGAAGGUAAUGGAUCAGAGGUUUCGGAAAAGCCACCGCCUCCAGUUCAUCCAUUCCAUCCUAAGAUGACAAUCCGACGCGGAGUUCUCGAAUCAGAAUGUGCUCAGACAAUGCAACAGUUUUUCCAGCUGAGGAGAAAGAAGAAAGACAAGAACUCAGAUCCUCCCGCUCCUACCGAUCAUCAUCACCCUUCGAAACUCCUCAACAAGAUGCAUCAAGUCUUACCCUUCUUCUGUCUGUAG